UGACAAUUGAAAGAAGCAUCGUCGCCAUUUUUUCUUGUUUUGGGGGGUAACUAUCGUAAAGCAAUGGCGCUAGAAACUUAUGCAUCGGGGAAACGAGAUGAAGUCCACACCGACGUACUUUUCCAAGCCAGGCAAGCUUGCUACAAGGCUCGUGAUGCUUUCUAUUCAUGCUUGGAAAAUCACUCGGACAAGAAACCCACUGAUAUCGGAUCAGUGGGACUCUUGUACCCCACUGAAUGCAAAAGAUCCAGGGAGGAAUACGUUAAGAAUUGCCGGGUUUCUUGGGUGAAGCAUUUUGAUAGGCAGUAUUGUAAGACUAAGCGGGCGCAGAGGUUGCUUGAUGAUAAGGAAACGAGGAGAGGGGUGUAAGGCUUGGGUUGGGUUGGGCCACUAAUGAAGAUUGGACCAUCAUGGUCUAUCAGUGAGAUGUUCCCAAUGAAGUGGAUUUACAAUUUGCUGAACCACUGGGGAUUUGUUGAUUUCUUAUAUUCUAUAACCCAUUUGUUGUUAAUUCAGGCACGCCUAGGAAGAUGUCUGUUUAAGGUUUUGAUUGUUCAAUGAACUUCUUAUUCCAACUGUUGGCUUUCUAUAUUAUCUCAAUUAGACUUGCGCUUUUACCAUGUAAA